CCCUUAGCUCUAACACAUACAGCUUCCAGCAAUCACAUAAACUGUGUUAGAAUCUUUUCUUUUCCCUUCAAGCCUCAAAGAAGAGAAAACGGCUUUAGAUUCUUCGCUUCGCAGUUCGCACGAUGGACGAAAAAAUCCCCUUCAAGAAUCUGCAUAGCAGGGAGUACUCUGGUCACAAGAAGAAGGUGCACUCUGUGGCAUGGAACUGCAUUGGAACAAAACUCGCUUCUGGCUCUGUUGAUCAAACUGCUCGAAUCUGGCAUAUUGAGCCACAUGGCCAUGGUAAGGUCAAAGAUAUCGAAUUGAAGGGUCACACUGAUAGUGUGGAUCAGCUAUGUUGGGACCCCAAACAUGCUGAUCUGAUUGCAACUGCAUCGGGUGACAAGACCGUUCGUUUGUGGGAUGCUCGUAGUGGAAAAUGCUCACAACAGGCAGAACUUAGUGGGGAGAACAUCAAUAUUACCUACAAACCUGAUGGGACUCAUGUAGCUGUAGGCAAUAGGGAUGAUGAGUUAACAAUAUUGGAUGUCCGGAAGUUCAAACCAAUUCAUAGGCGGAAGUUCAAUUACGAGGUAAAUGAGAUUGCUUGGAACAUGACAGGAGAGAUGUUCUUUCUAACAACAGGAAAUGGGACUGUGGAAGUACUGUCUUAUCCAUCUCUUCGACCUCUUGAUACCCUCAUGGCUCAUACAGCUGGUUGUUAUUGCAUCGCAAUCGACCCAGUAGGAAGAUAUUUUGCUGUUGGAAGUGCUGAUUCCCUUGUUAGCUUGUGGGAUAUCUCAGAGAUGAUGUGUGUUCAUACAUUCACAAAGCUCGAAUGGCCUGUUCGGACAAUCAGUUUCAAUUAUACUGGGGAUUUGAUUGCUUCUGCGAGUGAAGACUUAUUUAUCGAUAUUUCGAAUGUCCAAACUGGACGAACUGUGCAUCAGAUUCCUUGUAGAGCUGCCAUGAACAGUGUUGAGUGGAACCCUAAAUAUAAUUUACUGGCUUAUGCUGGUGAUGACAAAAACAAGUAUCAGGCUGAUGAAGGUGUUUUCCGAAUUUUCGGCUUUGAAAAUGCAUAAUUUAUGUUGGUGUAUCAUACAUUCAUACCUAGUAUUUGAGGAUGAAUAGUUGACGGGGUGGCAUGAACUCAAGAGAAGACUUCCAUUACUGGAUUAACAACCUCAUAGAGGCUGAUUUGUAUUGUAAUCCAAAGUGAAAAAUAUGUAGAGUAGCAACUCGAUAUUCGGAAAGCUUAACUUCUAAAUUUUUCAAUGUGUUAUCUUUGAUUCCUUGAAAGCAUUGGGUCUUACUGUAUUUGUCUUAUUUUGUUUUUUUAAUCUCUACCCGGACUGAGAAAUAUUCAAUGUUGUGACCAAAAUGGAAGAUUAGGAUGAAAGCUGUUGAAGAAUUUAACAUUUUGCUUUGUUGUUUAUAACUCUUUAUAAACAGUAGAGUGAUACUUGGCACUGUGUAGAAA